UAUACAGACAGCUUUCUCAGUCGUCUCUCUCUCUCUCUCUCUCUCUCUCUCUCUCUCUCCUUUUUUCCCUCCCCAGAAGUAAUGCAUAAAAGCAGGCGCAGGGCCCUCAACCUUCACCUCCCACCUCUAUUAUACUACUCCUCUCUCUAACAUUGCCCAUACUCCACGCCCAUACACACAGUAUAUAUAUACAGACAUAGAUAUAUAUAUAUAUAUAUAUAUAUAUAGAGAGAGAGAGAGAGAGGGAGGGAGUGGGGUGUAAAAUUAGGGGGGCGGAGAGGCUGAGCCGGGGAUGCCCCGGGCGGAAUUCAUGAUCUCCGCGUUCUUCGCGGCGGCGGUGGCGGUGCAGGUGGCGGCGGUGUGCGGCGGCGGGGUCUUGACGCUGGAGAGGGCUUUUCCGUUGAACCAGAGGGUGGAGCUGGAGGCGCUCAGGGCUCGGGACCGCGCGAGGCACUCGCGGGUCUUGCAGAACUUGGUCGGCGGCGUCGUCGAUUUCUCAGUCGUCGGUACUUCCGAUCCCUACAAAGUCGGGCUUUACUUCACGAAAGUAAAAUUAGGCUCACCGCCAAGGGAAUUCAAUGUGCAGAUUGAUACUGGAAGUGACAUAUUGUGGGUUACUUGCAAUUCCUGCAGCGAUUGCCCCCAUUCAAGUGGACUUGGUAUUGAGCUCAAUUCCUUUGAUGCUGCCAGCUCAUCAACUGCAUCUCUGAUCUCUUGUUCAGACCAACUAUGUGCCUCCGUAGUUCAAACAGCGGCCGCUCAAUGUUCCACCCAGAAUGAUCGGUGUAGUUACUCGUUUACGUAUGGAGAUGGAAGCGGGACAUCUGGUUAUUAUGUAACUGAUAUGCUGUCUUUUGACACAGUUAUGGGGCCUUCUUUAGUUGCAAACUCUUCUGCUCCAGUUGUGUUUGGGUGUAGCACCUAUCAGUCCGGGGACUUAACUGAGAUAGAUAAGGCGAUUGAUGGGAUUUUCGGGUUUGGUCAACACGAUCUAUCUGUCAUAUCACAGCUUUCAUCACAUGGGGUUACUCCUAGGGUAUUCUCACAUUGCUUAAAAGGAGAUGGCAGUGGUGGCGGUAUACUAGUUCUUGGUGAAAUUCUCGAUUCAAGUAUCGUCUACAGUCCCCUUGUCCCAUCACAGCCUCAUUAUAAUUUAUACCUGCAGAGCAUUGCUGUCAAUGGGCAAUUGUUGCCUAUUGAUCCAGCAGUGUUUGCCACAUCUACCAACCGAGGAACAAUUGUUGAUUCUGGAACAACUUUGACAUACCUGGUGGAAGCAGCUUUUGAUCCUUUUGUCAGUGCUGUAACUGCUGUUGUUUCACAAUCUGCGACACCCUUCAUUUCAAAAGGAAACCAGUGUUAUCGAGUACCCACCAGUAUAAAUGAGAUAUUUCCUCCAGUUGCUUUAAACUUUGCUGGUGGUGCAUCCAUGGUUUUAAGACCAGUAGAUUACCUUGUACAUGAUGGUUUUGUUGAUGGUGCUCCUAUGUGGUGCAUUGGCUUUCAGAGAGUUCAGGAUCCAGGGGUUUCUAUUUUAGGAGAUCUUGUUCUGAAGGAUAAAAUCAUUGUUUAUGACAUAGCUCGUCAACAGCUCGGAUGGGCCGAUUACGAUUGUUCAACUUCUGUAAAUGUCUCCAUAACUUUUGGCAAGGAUGAAUUCGUCAAUGCCGGGCAGCUGAGUGUGAGCAGAUCAUCAAAAACCACUCUCUUCAAGUUGAUACCUCUUAGCAUUACUCUCCUAAUAAUACACCUAUCACUCUUCAUUCGCUUCCUCUAACUGUAACAUCAAUUCUCUCGGCUAUUGAAGCCCUAUUCUUUGCCUCAUACCUUAUGAGUUUUGCGGUUUUUAUUUUUGACUAUCAGCACAGCCUCGUGGUAAUUUCCUGAUUCCCGCCGCUUAUCUAUUGUUGACGUCUUUACUGUUACUGGAGAUUGGGACCCCUUCACUCUCCGUGACUAAAAAAAUUCGACUCUUCUCUCGUAUACGGGUCCAUCUUCAUUCUUGAGCACUCCCUCCAUACUCCAUUGUCCUCGAGGUUGGUGAAUGAAUUUUCUGUAGUUGUAUUCCGUUUAGCAAGAAAUUUUGAAGAGGUUUCUGCAUAGCUUGUUUAUUUUUGUGACGUAUAUGCUCUCUCUCUCUCUCUCUCUCUCUCUCUCUCUCUCUCUCUCUCUCUCAGUUACCCUACUUGUUUGGGGGCUAAUAUGUAAUAUUUCGCUUGUUGCAUUCACGUAAAUCUUGAGAUGUUUGUUCCUAAAAUUAUACAGUGAAGGUAUGGCUUGUGUAUAAA